AUGAAUCGUCCUGUGCUACAAAAUGAACGUCGGUCUCCAUUAGAUGAUAUCCAACGACCUUUGUCGACAAUGCAACAAAAUCUGCUGCAAGGAAUAACACAGGACCCACCGAACAUUAACAUGCGCGAUUUCAUCAAUGAAUUGGAAGACUAUGUGCCUACAAUCCCUGACUCGGUCACCCUACAUUUUAUGCGAUCCUGUGGUUGUGAUUGUUCUGAUCCUCGAAUCGUAAGGUUGAUAGCGUUGGCGACUCAAAAGUACGUCUCCGACAUAAUUCUUGACGCUAUGCAACAGGCACGAAUGAAAGGGCUUGGACAAACGAAGAAAGGUACUAAAGAAACCAGGUACUGUCUGACAAACGAUGUUCUUGAACCAGUUUUGAAAGAGUAUGGAAUAGAUUUCAUUUUGCCCCCAUACAUGCAUUAG